AUGCAAUCGAAACCGGGAAGAGGAAAUGAAGUAGCUGAGGUUAAUCACCAUGGUCUUCAGCAACCGGUGAUGUAUCCAGAGCCCUGGUGGAAAAAUAACACUUUUGGUCUUGUUCCUCAAGAGAGACCUUCUGGGGUUCAGUCGAAUUCGUCUUCUUUGGAUUGCCCGAAUGGUUCCGAGUCAAACGAUGUUCAUUCUGCAUCUGAAGAUGGUGCUUUGAAUGGUGAAAACGAUAGUACUUGGAAGGAUUCACAAGCUGCAACUUCGUCCCGUUCAGUAGCUAACCAUGGAGUCGAAGGGAAUGAUCCAGGGCAUUUGACGCGUAACAUGCAUGAUCCACAACAUGUACAACCACCAGAGCUUGUUGGACACUACAUUGCUUGUGUCCCAAAUCCUUAUCAGGAUCCAUGUUAUGGGGGAAUGAUGGGAGCAUAUGGUCAUCAGCCAUUGGGUUUUCGUCCAUAUCUUGGAAUGCCUCGUGAAAGAACAGCGUUGCCACUUGACAUGACGCAAGAACCUGUUUAUGUGAAUGCGAAACAGUACGAGGGCAUAUUAAGGCGAAGAAAAGCACGUGCCAAGGCAGAGCUAGAAAGAAAAGUCAUCAGGGACAGAAAGCCAUAUCUUCAUGAGUCAAGACACAAGCAUGCGAUGAGAAGAGCAAGGGCUAGCGGAGGCCGGUUUGCGAAGAAAAGUGAGGUCGAAGCAGCGGAGGAUGGAGCAGGGAGAGAAAGAGAAAGGGGUUCAGCAACCAACUCAUCAGGCUCUGAACCAGUUGAGACAGACUCUAAUGAGACCAUGAAUUCUUCAGGUGCUCCACAGUCAUAA